GAAACCUCAACUGCCCGUCACCAACCACGACCAUCUCCUGUCCCUACACAACUGCCAAACAUGGCGUCGCGUCCGGCCCAGUUCUCGCAGCAGCAGCUCUACGACACCACGCCCCUGCCCGAAUCGAUCCCCAAGGUCAAGGAGCUUGGCGCUAGCUCCGCGCCCCUGCUGUCCGCCUCCUUCUUCAUCGGCGCCCGCUGCAAGGAUUACAAUGAUGAUUUCAUGCAGUGCAAGACCGAGAACCCCGGCAAGGGCGAGUUCGAGUGCUUGAAGGAGGGCCGAAGGGUCACGAGAUGUGCGAGGAGUGUGAUCGAGGACGUGAACAAGCACUGCCUGGAGGAGUUCCGAACUCACUGGCAGUGCCUCGACAACAACAACCACCAGCUAUGGCAGUGCCGCCCAGCUGAGUGGAAGCUGAACAAAUGCGUCUUCCACAACCUUAAAAUCGAGAAAACCAUCCCCGACGCGGGAGGCAAAAUCCCCGUUCACAUGCGCUCACAACCCAUCUUUGCACACGCGCCCGUGCCACACCAGCGGAUCGCCAAGUAUGAGGAUGUUAAGGAGUCAUAGACAGGCACUGUGGAUGCUACAUC